AAAAGAAAAAGAAAAAGAAAAUAGACUUGCUGUUGGGCGUCCUUGUCACACACUCACCUACAAAUCACAGUAACUGCGCGUCGCUUCGGCGGAUGUCAGCACUCGGAUUCCAUUACAGUUUUGUGCAACCCCUUUCACGUCCGUCGAAUAUAUUGCGUCACUUUACCUAUUUUUACCUUCCCAAUCUCCUAUGUUAUAUGAUCUUUCCUUUUCCUCUCUCUCUCUCUCUCUCUCUACCUUUCCCUCUCAUGACACACUGAUUCGCGCGGCGACUCACGAGUCACAACUCGGGAAACUGAACCGUUCCGGUUAUGGAGAAUGGGCGUCCGGUUCUUGGAUUGGAAGAUGGGACUAUUGAUGUCGAGCGUCUGCUUGUAGAACCCCAAGAUGGGCAUGUGUCGAUGGAUAGUGUCAUGUGUUUUAACAAGAAGAUCCCGAAGAACACCAUGGAAAUGGUAGAUGUUUCCUGCAGAUUUGGUGCGUCAGGUACUGGUUCUGCUAAGGAAGGUGAAGAUAUUCUUAAUGGAGAAGUACUUGAUGCAAUGCCUAGUGAAGUUGAUGUUGGAUAUCUACGAUUACAUGAUGAGUUCUGUAGCAUGGGAGAUGAAUACCUUCUAGGUGUUCAAUUUGCUGAAAGCAUUACAAACUUAGAUUAUGGGUCAACUGAAGCCUUACAGGCUCCAUUCCCAGACAGUCAAAUGCAGGUGUCUGGUGCUGGCUCUGGCUCUGGCUCAACUUGCAAAUCAGAUCGAUUUAGAAAAAUGGAAGUGCUUGAUUGCAAGAAUAACCAAUUUAACUAUGGAUGCUCUGAAUUGAGUGAUAUUCCUAGUUACCACGAGUGUGAAAUGUUGAUUGGGGAGGAACCUUCGAUUUCACCUAGGUCAUUUUCUUUGCAAAAUAUCGGCAAGUUUCACAAUAGUUCAAGCUAUUCUUUUGAAGAUAUCUUAUCUGAUGAGAAUAAUGGAAGACAGUCGGCUUUAGGCGAGAUGUUCUGCAGUCCAAAGACUGAAAAUAGUAAUGAGUUUGAGCUGGCAGUCCAAGAUGGGGAGACAUGUCAGAGGCAAGAAACAUUAGCAACAACGCCAGUUCAGGCUAACUGCACCGAUAUUCUUCCUACACAAAAAAGAUCCCGGAAGCCCACACAGAGGUACAUUGAUGAAUUAGCAGACCCUUUUUCAACAAAUUCUAAAAAAAGGCGAGAGGUUUCUUCUUCCACCCUUAAAGUUAAGGACAAGUCUCUUCGAGUUAAAGAUCAUAAGAAGUGUCAUAUGGGAACUAGAGCAAUUAGAUUACCUGCAGAGGAAUCUUCUGUCAUGGCCAUACAAGUGCCGUUUGCUUCCUUAGCGCACAAUGAGUGUCCAAAGGAUCAUUUAAAUAGUAAGGUGGAGUGUGUAAAUAUUGGAAAUUUGAUGACCAAUCCAAAGGGCAAACGAUCAGCUCCAGAGAAUCAAAAGAAAAGGGAUGAAUCUAUUACAGCAGUAUAUCUGAAGAAGGAUGACUAUGUCACAAGUCACAAAAAAGGGGAUGACUAUGUGACAAGUCGCAAAAAAAGGGAUGAUUUUGUUACAAAUCGCAAGAAAGGGGAUGACUAUGUUACAAGUCGCAAAAAAGGGGAUGACUAUGUUACAAGUCGCAAAAAAGGGGAUGACUUUGUUAUUGCAGCAGCUAAUUUAAAGAAAAGGGAUGACCAUGCGAUAGAAGCAAGUCAGAAGAAAAAGAAUGACUGCACCGGUGCGGCAACUCCAGCCGCUAAUUUAAAGAAAAGAGAGGACCGUGCGAUAGAAGCAUGUCAGAAGAAAAAGAAUGACUUUACCGAUGCGACAACUCCAAAGAAAAGGGACAAACAUUUAAAACAUGCGAGCGGAAAUAAAAGGGAUGACUGUGACACAUCAGCAUUGCAUGAAAAGAAAAGUGAGAACAGUCUAACAGACGAGAGCCCCGAAGAAGUAAGUGCUUUUAGGAAGCAUCAUAGACUAUGGACUAUAGCAGAGGUAAGAAAAUUAAUUGAUGGCGUCUCACAAUAUGGAGUUGGAAGGUGGAGUCGAAUUAAGAAGCUGUUCUUUGCCACAUCUGCUCAUCGAACUUCUGUAGAUCUUAAGGACAAAUGGCGAAAUCUUUUGAAAGCAAGUGGUGGUAUUCAAGAACAAGGGAAUCAACAAGGAGAGAAGAAACGCAAUAUGGCCUGGCGUCCGCUGCCGAAGUCAAUAUUGCGUCGAGUUUGUGAACUGUCGGCUAUGUAUCCUUACCCCAAGGGUCAGAGACCCAAGAAGAUCACCGAUAAUAAUAAUAAUAAUAAUUAUAACAGUUAUAAUGAGUCGCCGGAUAGAAGUACGGAUAUAACAUUGAGCGACUAUAGAAGAAUCUUGCGGAGUGUAGAUGACAAUUGAUUCUUCGAUUUUCAACUUUGGGUGUCCAUAGUAUGCUGCUGCCUCUUUAUUUAUUAUGAAGUAUUUUAAUAUUAUGGUACUGGUUUUCGGAAAGAUUUUCUGCUUCGCAUAUGCUUCCUGUUAGUACAGAAUAGAUAUGGUUUUUUGCUUCCAUAUUUAAAUAACAAUCAUAUCUUAAUUAGUAUGACUGGUUAUUAAUUA